AUGUUACAAUACCUGCUGGUUUGCUUCGUUCUGCUCUUCAGACGCCGCACCGAAGGCAGCCUGUGUGCCACAAAGUUCAUAGUGCGCGUGCCUCGCGACAAGGACAUUGGCUUGAUCUUCGAUCUGACCGUCACCAAUCGCAUCAGGAGUGACAAAAGGGAGACGCUGGACUUCAAUGUCGUCUCGAAUGGGGAAUGCACUGUGAACACGACCCAUGGGGAGCAGGUGCACGGGAUGGGAAGGAUCUAUGGCGGGGAUUUCGGUUCCGUCGAACCGGGCAAGAGUGAAACUGUCUCCCUGGUCUGGCCCACUGUGUCUCUGUACAAUCGAGUGGGCAGCUGCCCCAUUCUGAUCUCAGCCACGAGUGCCCACGCUACGGAUGCAGUGGCAACCGCAAGGCAGCUGCUGCACUUCGACACCCGCUUCGAGACACUGGAUCCGCAGACCAACAAGCUGCGCCGGCGGAAGGAUUACAAGAACUGCCGCAACUGGGACAAGGAUUACCUGCGCAACUGCACACCGCUGAACUGCGAGGAGCGAUACUUUGGGAAACGUAGCUAUUUCAACAAGGAAACGGAACAGUGCGAAUCGGUAACUGAUUGCUCGGGUCCAGGCGAGUACUAUGACAUCUUCAGCAACGAGCGCGUCGAUCCUGGCAAUUUCGUGUCCGAGGAGGAGCUGGACCUCAUUAAGCAAGGGAAGUUCGACUUCAAUUUUUUGGAUUUGCGGGGGCCACCAUCGCUGCAUGAGCAAAAAGCCAACAAGGCGCUUCCUUACAAGAAAAAUAACAGGAAACUAACCAGACCAACAAGGCACUUUGUCCAUUCCAAGCAUGAGAAGUCAGAUGAUUGCGACAAUUCGCGUAAGCUAACCCUGGCCGACUUUAACGACUGCUUUCAGCAUUUGCAGGAUGGUCAGCCCAGGCCGCUCGUAGUUGAACCCACAAUCGAGAAGAAAAUCAAGAAAAAGUCGCCAUUCGAGGUGCCCAUGCUAACACAGCUCUAUUACGACUGGUAUCUUCCUUUAAGGAGCGAUAACUGGGGCGAAGACGGAAAAAUCGGUGCCAUAGGUGAUCCCAGUCCACAAAAUGUAUCAUCGGGAUCGGAACCCCUCAUCACGUGGAUCGGCAAGCUGGAUUGGAGGGGCUGGUUGUUCCUGAUUCUCAGAGGAAGCUUUUUCAUCUUAUUGCUAAUUGUGUUUCAGGUUUUCGCCACUCUGACGGCCUAUUUUAUAGUGUGCCUAUUUGUCUAUGGAUUCAUGGAACUGUAUGGCUUUUGGACUAGUGACGAUGCACCCGAGAUUUUUAUGUUAGACUCCAGUUCUCAAUCCACAGCCUUUAAUCUCGUGACCACAGAAAGUUUGAUGUCACAUCGAUAACCGAGAUUUAAGAACUUUAAAUGUGAUA